ACGUAAUAAGGAAGGAGCAACCAGUUAGCAACCUGCCUGUCCGUCUGCACGCAUGUAGCCUAAGCUCACCUGCUGGAUUCCUUUCGUCCGCGCGCUUUGUUUGUGACCAUGUCUUUGAUCAAAACCAUCCUCAAACUCUUGGUGCUCUGCGCCGCCAGCGUCCUGCUCGCGCUGACGCUGCGGAAGUGGAUGGAAACCAAGCAGUACGUUUUUAGCAAAGAAGAUGUCGCCAAGUUGGCCAAGCAGUACGCAGGGCAGGACCACGAGCAGGCUUUCUCCAAAGUGGUGGUGGAACUCAGGAAGAGGUAUCCGGGUCACAUCCUGCCAGAUGAGGACUUGCAGUGGGUGUUUGUGAACGCCGGGGGCUGGAUGGGCUCCAUGUGUCUCCUCCAUGCCUCCCUCACAGAGUACUUGCUGCUGUUUGGCACUGCGGUGGACACUGGAGGACACUCGGGUCGAUACUUGGCUGAGAUCUCUGACACCAUCAUCUCGGGUACUUUCAGACAGUGGAAGGAGGGCACGACCAAGAGCGAAGUAUACUAUCCAGGUGACACCAUCGUCCACGGAGUCAUCGAAGCGACGUCGGUCCAGUGGAGCGCCGGGACGUGGAUGGUGGAGUACGGCAGAGGCUUCAUCCCCUCCACGCUUGGCUUUGCUCUGGCCGACACCCUGUUCAGCACCCUGGACUUCGUCACGAUGUUCUACACCGUACGCGUCUACGUGAAGGCCCUGAUGCUCGAAGCCGGCACGUUUCUGACAGAGGCGGGAGUCUUCUGAGAGCUGGAAGACGGACUCGAGCUCGCACAUCGCCUGGGACAUCAAAGCGUUGUCCAAAAUUAAGAUCUGUCGUUAAUGCAGAGAAUUACGGGUGCCAAAAAUUCAGCAUGUGAUUUAUGACAAUCCACUUUACAGUUAGUCCUUCUCUUUUAAAAUCAUGUUAAAUAUCGGCGUUAAUUACACAAGCACAUUGUUGUAGAUCAGAUCUUAGCGAUCCACGCAACGGUUGGUGCCUCUCACCUUUCAGUCAUUUCCUGUGAGCAGUCAGGGUGCUAAAGUAUGCCAGUCAGUUGGUUCUAGUUCAAGGAUUUUGAGGCCUUAUAGUUUGUGUUGCCAAAUGUGAGAUUACUCAUCAACUCUGAAACGCAAAAGUCAACUAUAUAACAAGGUAUAGGCGUGGGCCGGUCCAGUAUAGAGAUAGUUUUCCAAAAACAAACUAACAUAAUUGACUUGUUAAAACAAACAAGCAACAAAUAGUCCUAUUUUACAUUUCCAUACUUAGACUUAAGUAAAAAGACAGAAUGAAAACCUGUCGGAUUUAUAAUUGAAGAACAUUUAGGGAAGAAUGUUAGACCUUUUGUAGAGUAGUAAGUUUAAUGAGCUGAUAUUAGCUGGGAUUAAGCAGCCUGCACUUGGCUCGUUGUAGCUUCUUAACUGUAGGCUCAAAAACAGCUUUUCUCUAAGAGAUGACUGGGGCUUUUAGUUUCCACACCACGGCCGUCUGCUUUCCAGAACCAGAAAUAUUUCCAGUCUCGAUUUUGUCUUUCUUGUAAGCUUUCAGUCACCUGACCUGCCGUGUGCAGCAACAGGUGGGGCAGUGGGAGGAGGGCUUUACUCUGUGCCGAAAGGCGGAAAAAGCCUCGAUCGCUCUGGAACUUUCUCAUUAAAACCUUUAAACUGCAGGAAUGGAAACACGAUGUCAAUUAGCAGCGUUAAAAACUGAAACGUACCAUGAUACCGGUAACCUGCCCAUGCCCAGUCAAGUUUCAAUUUCUCCUCUCUAUGCAUGCUGAAUCUCGUUUUAAUGCAGCUACCACCCACAGAAACCAGCACCAAGAACUGAAAAGGCAUAUCUUAAGGCAAACUCGUUCAUGGUUUUCAGCCUCCAUUCCUUCAUUUGUAUCUGCUCUUUUUGGAAAUAUAUAAAAGCUGGCAGGAUAUGCUGGUGAAAUCUGUGCGAAUUGAUCCGUGUAAUCCUGUACCCCUGCCAGCUUUGUGAACUGGAUUGGUUGUAACUGAGUAAUGUCCUUGCACACUACAUAAAGUGUAUUUUGUUUAUCUCCAAUGGUUAAAACAAUUUAAAAAACUGCGCUAAACCCUUUUGGCAGUGCAACCUGCAGAAGAGAAUAACACUAAAUCACAAAGCUCAAGUGCUUUGUUUGCACCACACGUACACGUCUUAGAAGAAAUCAACUGGUGUUGUCUUAACGUUGAACAGUGACUGUAUCUGCUGCUGAAUCCAGCAUCUCUGUGAAAGCAGCCUGGUUUUGUAACCCGCCCAAACACACGAAGAACCAUUUACAGUAGUCUGAUGAAACAGUUUACAUACUGAAGUGAUAUUGCAGUACUUGAUAUGCAGUUUGCCGGCUAAAGAUUGAAGCCGAUGGUUCAAGAUGAAAUGUACAGUUUCUGAGUAAAAUCAAUCCUGUUUUCAUCAUAA